AAGGAACGGUGGAAAGGGAAAAUGGUGGCAGAGCUGGUGGGGGCCAGUUUACAGCGGUCAUGAUUUUUUUGCCGCGUCCUUUCCUUUCCGUCCAUGAGUAUCCGCGAGACCGUCGACUGCAAGUCUGCAACAGUAGUGAGACAUCUCCAUCUCUCUCGCUUAUAAUAAGUGGAGUAGAAGGUAGAAGCAUUUUGCAUAUCUCGAAAUCUGUCCUGAUUGUUGAUACGUCGGGGAAACGCCAGAGAACAGCACCGAUGUCAGCGGCGGGGAUCCUUGCCGGGCUCUUCCUCCUUUUUGCCCUCUAUUGCGGCCUCGACCCUUACCAGCUAAGUCCCCUCCGGGGAUUUCCCGACUUCAAGGCCUACAGGGUCGACUUCGCUCCUUGGUCGCAGCUUACCUCCGCCCACGACCCCGAGAACAAGCUCCAGAGGGCCGAGGUCAGGUUCCUCAACCAAGUCCAGGGCCCGGAGAGUGUCGCCUUCGACCCGCUCGGCCGGGGGCCGUAUACGGGCGUCGCCGACGGUCGCGUCCUCUUCUGGAACGGCGAAUCCUGGUCCGAUUUCGCUUAUACGUCCUCUAACAGGUCUGAGUUAUGCGGGCCAAAACCAUCGCCUUUGGCUUACACGAAGAACGAGCACAUCUGCGGGAGGCCACUGGGUCUCCGUUUUGAUAAGAAAACAGGGGACUUGUACAUAGCAGAUGCGUAUUUUGGCUUGAUGAAAGUUGGACCGGAAGGCGGAUUGGCAAAGCCUCUGGUGAAGGAAGUCGAGGGUGUGCCAUUAAUGUUCACGAAUGAUCUUGAUAUCGAUGAUGAUGGCGCAGUUUAUUUCACAGACAGUAGCAGUGUCUUUCAGAGAAGGAAUUUUAUGCAACUGGUCUUUUCUGGUGAACACUCAGGGAGGCUGUUUAAGUACGAUCCUGCUAAAAUGGAAACAACAGUUCUGGUUCGCAACCUUGCAUUCCCCAAUGGAGUGUCCUUGAGCAAGGACAAAUCUUUCGUCGUCUUCAGUGAAUGUACAAUUGGCAGAUUGAACAGAUACUGGUUAAAGGGCGACAAAGCUGGAACAACUGACGUUUUUGCCAUCACCCCAGGAAUUCCCGACAACGUAAGAACUAAUGCAAAUGGGGAAUUCUGGGUAGGACUUCACUGCCGUGUUAGCCUCUAUGCUUAUGUGCUUGGUCUUCAUCCUCAGCUGCGGACGUUCAUUCUCAGGCUUCCAAUCCCAUUAAAGUAUCACUAUAUGUUGUAUGUGGGUGGUCGACCUCAUGGCAUUGUGGCGAAAUACAAUGCAAAUGGCGAGAUAAUGGAGGUCUUGGAGGACAAGCAGGGGAAGGUUGUGAAAGCUGUAAGUGAAGUGGAGGAGAAGGAUGGGAAGCUUUGGAUGGGUUCUGUUUUAAUGCCUUUCAUUGCAGUUUUCUGAUCUAGCACGAUCAUCAGUGCAGUUUGAAUUUAACUUUGUUUUUUUCUACCAAGCAGUACUGUUGCAGCAACUUUGUCACUGAUUUAGAGAGAAAAGAGAGAGUUGUGCACAAAUGCAAUUCAAAUAAGUUCCUUAGAUAACGUUUGGUUGCAAUGACAAUUGCUUUUCAGGACACUUGUCCUUAUAACAAGUGUCAUAAGAACAAAGAGUCCUUGUUCAUAUGAACAAACUGUAAUUUUAUCCAGCAUUUGUUUAUAAGAACAAAAUUUUCAA